UUUGUGGCUUCAAAAUUUGAAGAAAUUUUCAGCAAGCAUGCAAAACAACAUGCAAAUGCUUUAACGAAUGAUGAAUUGAAGGAGAUGCUGAAGGCAAAUAGAGAACCUAGGGAUUUCCAAGGAUGGGUGCAAGCCGAAUUAGACUGGAAGGUAUUAUAUGAUAUAGCCAAAGAUAAGAAUGGCUUACUCCACAAAGAUACUGCAUAUAGUGUUUAUGAUGGAAGUUUGUUUGAACGUCUCGAAAAGGAACACUCAAAACUCAAGAAUAUUAAUUAAAUAUGAUUUCUAUUGUAAUAAUUAAGAUUUCUAUUUAAUUGUGUUAUUAAUAAUACUUAACACUUAUUAAAUAUGAUUUUCAU